UUAAUGUGUCCUUGAAAAUAAAUUAUCCAACCAAAAAAAGGCCCCCAAAAAAAAAAAAAAAAAAAGGGAGUAUUAACUAAUGAACGGGUCAGACUUCGGGUUGUAGCUGGACCCGCCAUCCGUAUACCCGCACCGGACGAGCAAUAAUACAAGUAGGAGUGGUCCGGUUUGAAAAUUUUCUUUCCAUUCCCGCCCUGGCUAUUGGUGUUGUGGGGAUUACGUUUGCGCGCCGUCUCUCUUGUUUUUCUCUCCCGGUGGUGGUGGGUGGCAGACACAGAAAUGUUGAUGAUGACUGUCGUCGAGUGAGCCAUCCCUUCCUCACGCUUUGGCGUAGGAAUGGAAAAUUCAAAGGUUCUGACGAUCAGAGAGCUUGUCCAUGGCGGUUGUCCCCUCACUGCCACAUCCUCUCCCCAUUCACUCCCUUCCAAACACACUACUCCAUUUCCCUCCGCCUCCACUAACCCUAACCCUAACCCCGACGCUCCAAAGGUUUUGAUUCCUCUCGACCAGCCGGCGUCCAUCGUCGGAACCCUGACCCUCCCGGACUCGACCACUCUUAGGUGCUCAUGCAAUAGUUGCUUCCAUUUCUCCGAUGGUUCCGCCACCGUUUGCUGCGACAUUCUUCAUCUCGAUCUUCGGAUUCUGGGAAAGAAAAUCCGUGUUCUCGCUUGGAAUUUCCUUCCAUUCAAACGCGGUGGCGGCUUCUUGGAGAUUAUCCGGUGGAGUUUCCCGGAUUCCGAUUGUGGGCCCAGUCUUGGUUCGAACGUAGGGUCUUUUCCUCUAACUUCGGGCUCUUCCUCUGUCUGCGAGGACAGUUCCAAGUCUCGCUAUCGACUCCAUGGAGUGUUGGAGUCAAUCAGUCCCAUUUCUGUGGUCCCGUGUACGUCAGGUUUUAGCAAAUCCAAAAGUACGGUUGGUUCUAACUCAACCCCUUCAACAAAUCUCCAAGGAUUUUUGGUCCAAAUUCUGGUCUGUGAGUGUAAAUUCUGUAGGUUGAUGGAUAAUACAACUCAAGAACAUCGUAAUCAUUCUUUUACCAAAUCCAUGUUUCUAUAUUUUUGCGGUUCUGCUUCGUCUUGGCAUCCUGUAUUUACUAAACUUAUAGGAAACGUUGUGUGUGUAUCGGGCUUGAAAAAGAAGCUGGUUUAUAUAGGAAAAGAAGAGUCUCGCUUAAUGUAUACGACUACAGAGAAAACAACUUUGCAUCUACUUGGAUUGCUGCACAAAAAACAUGUUCAAAAUGAGAAAACUUCUAUCAAGGGUAAAGGUGAAUGUGGAGCAUAUAUUGGCAUAGUCAGAGGUAUCUAUAUGCAAGGGAUGGUUGUCGAGCUGGAUAACGAAGUGUGGCUUUUGUUGACCGAUCAACUUCUUACUCGGCCACAUAGUGUCAGAGUGGGUGCUCUUAUAUCUGUCAGAAAUGUCCAUUUUGUGAAUCCAAAAUUUUCUUGGACGAAGAUGCUCAUACUUGGUGCUUGCUUCAAGACAAGCAUUACUGUGGAACGCUUCUCUCCACUGGAAACUGGGUGUCAUUUACUUCCAGAGUCACAGAGUAUGUUGGGGAACUUCGUUGGGUCCUUAGCCUUUUCUGCCAGAUUAUGGGUAUUACUUCUUGUUUCAUGCUUCCGAAAGAAGUUUGCUGGUUUCUUAUCUGAGAAGGAGAUAUUGGGAUCAAAACAUGUAACUCGCUUGCUCAGGAUUAAGGAAGGACUGGUUCAGAUGUAUGCUAGUUCACAUUUACCUUCAUCAACAAUUCGAUCUCGGCAUGGAGUAUUCAUGACACUAUGCAAGCAUGACACAUGUGGUUCUGAGUGUGAACGAUAUAGUGGUAAUCUAAAACUGGUGGUGCCUCUAUUUAGUUUCAUACGUCAUUUUCAGGACACAUGGAUCAGAAAUCUACAUUUGGGAAAUGACAAUAAAAUAUUGUCUAAUAAAAUAUUGCAAGACAACAACCAACAUAGCCUUCUAUCCUGUGAAGGGAGAUCCUAUGGUCAGUCAAUUAGAAAGGUUUUUCCAAGUGAAGAUAUAGGCAUAGUUUUAAUUGGAAGUUUGAAGAUUUCUCCAUCUUCUGGAAGAUUGCAGUUGGUUGAUGCAACUGCCAGCAUUGAUGUUCUUAUACCAGACCUUUCAUCAACUUGGAAUUCCAACAACAUUUAUGAGGUAAUUGACUAUAGUCUUGUGAUUGAAGGCAUGCCAGGACAGCUGGAUCAUAUGGGACUGAUUGAAAAUGAGUUAUUCUCAUGCAGAAGUGUCUUUCAUUUCACCCAGUUAGCAAGAGAGGUAGACUUGACAGUUUACAUUUACUUUUGCCUGGGGAGUGCAACUUGCAGAAAUAUUCCGUUUUAUCCUCGUAAGAAAGAAGAAUGUCAGAGACCUGAAAGUGGAAUAUUUCAUAUGCUCUACAUAACCCACAAGUUUCCAGUGCUACAAAAGGCUCAUACUGGUAUAUCAGACUCAUCAAGUGCGUUUGUUGAGGCAUUAAUCUUGUCUUUGAAUUUAUUCCUUCCUGGAGAAGAUGAAAUUAAGCACCUAACAAAGGAUUCAGGAGAUUGGCUGAGGGAGUGCAUGGAGUAUUGUGAUGAUGGCAAUCGUCAGGGUCAUUCUUCUCUUAAGAGACACAAAGUCAAUCAUGAAUCAAGUUGGGCAUUUUCAGGCUUGUUGGAGAAUCCCUGCAAACCUGUUAGGGAAGUGAGUGCUUGUUCUAAUUCUUGCGUGAAACCCAAUGAGAAACAGAAAAAUUGCAACUUGACUUCUCAUGAAGUUUCUUGCUUGGCUGCCAUUAGAGGUGUUAACAAUCAUAGUGGAGUUUAUUUAGUUAACUUGAAUUGCACAAGAGCAAUGUCAAGUAGUCAGGGUUUUUGCAGACCAAUUGCCUCGAAGGUAAUGCUGGAGUUUAGGCCUGAAAGUUAUUAUAAGUAUCAGUUGUUGCAGAUUGGUUGUUAUUACAUCACAAAUCAUGAUAAAGAAGAUUCCUUCUGUAAUCUUAUGGAUUCUGGUGAUGUAAGUGGUGUUAAAAUUCUCGUUACUUCCAGAAUACAUUUGUGGAGCCUUUCAUUUGUUUCUGAUGAAGUUCUUAAGAAUUGCAUUUCAACAAAUUGUCUUCCAUCAGUUGGUCCUUCUUGUAUUGGUGAUGAACUUCUUUGUAAUACUGAAGUAUUUCACAAGAUGUUCAAUGAUAAUUCUCUGGAAACCCAUUCGGAUGUUUCUCUUUUCCUCCCUAUAAACAUAAUAAAUAUUAUUAAGCCAAGCAUAAAAGAAAUGGAUGAGAAUAUUAUUCCAGCCGUGACACCUGAAGGUAUUGCUGAAGUCUCUCCAAGUAGUGGGACUGUGGUACCUUUCCCUUUGUUCUUGCCCAAGUCUAAAUGCCUGCUACCUGAAGGAAAUUUAAAAUCUUUGCGUGGGAAUGUACUUGCUGUUCAUGGAGUUGAUCAUAAUUCUGUUGAUGCCACUUUAAGCUGUCAAAACCUUGCUUAUUCUCUCCAGUCCAGGUUCUUUCAUGGAUUUGCAAGCAGUUCCUGUAUUCAUAUUUUGGUGGACAAUCAAAUUGUGAGCAUAUCUGGUGCUUUGAGUAAACAUGCAUUUCCUGUUGGGUUUGGACCCGGUGUGGAUGCAACAUUCCAUCGAGUUCUUGAAUUGGGGGGACAGAAUGUAUGGAUUUUGACACCUGUAUCAUUUAUUGUAAUAAAUUCCAUAGAGGUAGUAAAUGCGUGCGGCCACGAGUGUUCAGAUCAGGUUUCAAGCAUGCAUGAUGCUUCGCUGGAUACUGUUUCCUCAAGUCUGAUUUUCCAAUUGCUUCAGCGCUUUGAUUGCAAUCCAACGCUAUCUCAUUGUCGGGUUGUUGCUGUCAGUUUUAUGGUUCUGGAGAAAAAGAAUAGAAAAGAUGUUAAUCUUCAACCAAAAUUUUGUUCCCGUCAAGAUCUUUUCGACAUCCAGCUUGCUUGUUUUGUGUUGGAUGAUGGAUCGUCCUUGUGUUGUUGCUGGGCUGAUGCUGAAAGAGCAGCAACCUUACUAAGGUUGCAUGAAAAACUCCCACAGAAGGCUUUUGAAAAUGAUGAGACUGAGAAAGAAAAUAGUGCAUCCAGCACCAAUAUGUCUUGUAUUGAAAGAAUUUUGAAGAAUUAUGAUAGGAUCACAGUAAAAAACUAUGGAUCACUUUUCGAUUCUUUAUACCAAGACCUUGAUGUUUCUGUAAGUCCAGAAAAUGCUCUUAGCAGCUCAGAUGAGGGAUUCGUCAAAUCGUUAGUCUUCAAUGCAUGCUUUGGCACCCAAUGGAGAAUAGUUGCGUCAUUGAUGGAUUUGGAUGCUGUUAGGCAGUUGACAGAAGAAAACCUUUUAGAAACGCAACCGAACUUGUACUCCAUGCCACAUAUUUGGGCCAAAGAAGUGCAUAAUACACACCCCUAUACCGAAGUCAGAAAUAUGAUUCAAGAAUUGCUAGACAGUUAAUUUUGUAAAAUGUAAAAACAUACUUGCAUCCUUAUUAUCUGUAUUUAUACUUAUUAACGUACUGUAGAAAUCAAUAUAUCAAUUUACAAUUUGGUAUCGUAAUUAUUAGA